GACUGUGAAAAUGUUUUGCACUUACCUAAAGAUGCUCAAGGUGAUUUGGAUUGCAGGAAACUUGUUGAGCAGCUGAAGGAAUGCCCAACGCUGCAUGAUCAAGCAGAUAUUUUAUAUAUCUUACAUAUACUAAAAGGUGCUGACUGGGACACAAAGCUGGAUGGACAGCACGGUGUCACCGUUCAUUGCCUACUCAAUGAGCUCUACAGAAAGGCAGGCCUCAAUCAAGAGUGGGGCUUGAUCCGUUAUAUUUCUGGUAUACUCAGAAAGAGAGUGGAAGUCCUGGCUGAGGCAUGUACAGACCUUCUGUCGCAUCACAAGCAACUUACAGUGGGCCUGCCACCAGAACCCCGCGAGAAAAUCAUUACCACCCCACUGCCACCUGAGGAGCUCGCAGAUCUUAUUUAUGAAGCGAGCGGCCAAGACAUCAGUAUUGCAGUCCUGACACAGGAAAUAAUUAUGUACUUGGCGAUGUAUGUCCGGUCACAGCCUAGUCUUUUUGUGGAGAUGCUCAGGCUCCGUAUUGGUCUGAUCAUUCAGGUGAUGGCCACUGAGCUGGCUCGGAGUCUGAAAUGCUCAGGUAAGAAAGCUUCAGAGAGUUUGAUGAAUCUAAGUCCCUUUGAUAUGAAAAAUCUCCUACACCAUAUUCUCAGUGGAAAAGAGUUUGGUGUGGAAAGAAGCUUACGACCUGUAGAUUCCUCUUCAUCUAGCCCUGCAAUUUCUAUUCAUGAAAUGGGGAAUUCUGGAGCAACCAAAACAGAAAGAAGUGGUAUUACUAAAUUGAAGAGUGAGAUGAAGCAGUUCUUUCAUGAGAGCCACUCCAUGUCCAGCAGCAUGUUCACUUCCACGCGGGGCAGUACUCCAUCGUCUCCCACUAGUACUUCUCCUACUGCCUCCAGUGGAGAGACGAGCUGGGGUGACCGAAAAGGGCAGUGGCUGCGCAGAAGGAGGCUUGACGGUGCUAUUAACAGAGUUCCUGUUGGCUUUUAUGAGAAAGUGUGGAAAAUCCUUCAGAAGUGCCAUGGUCUGUCCAUUGAUGGGUAUGUCCUUCCUUCUUCAACCACCAGAGAGAUGACCCCGUGUGAAAUCAAGUUUGCUGUGCACGUGGAGUCAGUGCUGAACCACGUACCCCAGCCGGAGUACAGGCAGCUCUUGGUGGAAGCUAUUCUCGUUCUCACGUUCCUCUCUGAUGUCGAGGUGAACAGCAUCGGGGGCAUCGUCCACGUGGAUCGAAUCGUGCACAUGGCCAAUGACCUGUUUCUGCAGGAACUGAAAGCGUUCGGAGCUACCGGUAGUAUCUUGGAGAAGGACGUAGCCACAGGAAUUUGCCACUUUUUUUAUGACAGUGCUCCAAGUGGGGCCUAUGGCACCAUGACCUACCUAACAAAAGCCAUAAUUAUUUAUUUACAUGAUUUCCUGCCUAGCACAGGCUGUGCCAUGCAAUAA